AUGGAAGACACCUGCACCGUGGAUCUAAAGGACGCGAAGUUCUCCUACUACGCAUGUGACCUGCUGCAGGUGGCAAAUGUGACGGCAAACCCUCGCCGCAGAUUGAUCGGAGAAACCAGGAUCAAAGUUUCCGGUCUCCCAAAGACCAUCAGAAACAGGAAGGAGCUCUGCACACGGUUGCUCCAGCCGGAAUUGGAAGCGUUCAAUCAGAGGCCAUCGGAACAUCGAGGCUACUGGCUUAGGGUGUCGGACUCUACCGACCUUGCUCACCUUCGGAUGGAUCUCAUCAAAGUCUCCGGCUGGCCGUUGGCGAAUGUGGAAGCAGCACAUGAUCAACUCGUCGCAUUGUUCGCCCCAACCAGUUACAGCGUACGCGAAGCUGACCAAGAUUGGCUGCUGCAUGGGGAUCUUGUCGCCAUCACUGCAACCUUUGCCCUCGGCCAGAAGCCAUACUUUGAUGAUUUCUACGAGCUGGUUCGAUGCUACGAAGGCUACAAGCAAAGCGACGGACAUCGCACCGCCGAAUCGUUGCCGUUUUAUGCGAGCACUGCGCCACAGACACUGGAAUUUCACGGCACCUGGCAGCAAUAUCGAAUGGCGGUGGCCUCACUGGCCAAACUUCGUGACGUGGCUCUCGAGUAUUUCAAGCAAUGCUGUGAUGGUUUGCCGUCUCCACCGCCCUCCGCCGCCGUGUGUCCGAUCUGCCUGCACCCUACUCGGAGCGACUGCUACAAGUUGAAGGGAUGUGGGCAUGUGUUCUGCCGGAUUUGUCUCAAUCGACACGUGCUCACCUGCGAGACCAGCCGCGAGAAGGUUCCUUUUGCUUGUGCGGCAUGCGAAGAGCCCUUCCGCUCCGUCGAUAUCCAG